AGAUGGCGAUUGAAGUACGCAUGCGCAGUAUGUGCUGUUGGAUAUAUUGGUUUCCAGAGGAACUUUAGUGCGCAAGGUUUCUGGUCGAGCAAUUAUGAACUCAGCACAGUGGGCAACCGACUUGAAUGUCAAGUGCUGUUUCUGUAUAUAACAUUAGAAUGUUCUCGAACUAGUUUGGUCAUGUUAGGGCUGUACAGCCGCAGGUCAGCGUCCCUACGCCGUGUCGUCCAGAGUACCGUGGGCAGGAAUGGAUUCAGUUGCACGGCGGUUUGUAAACAGCGGACACCGUGGCUCCGGAGGUGUACGGAGGAGCUGACACGGCAAUGUCAAAGCAGUACUCGAUCAGUCCAUCAAGCUUCAGUGGACCAUGAAGAACUGAAACGGUUCCAGACACUGGCCAGUAAAUGGUGGGAUGAAAAUGGAGAAUUCAAAGCCCUUCAUGCCAUGAAUGAUCUGAGAGUGCCUUUUAUAAGGGAUAAUCUGAUGAAUGUCCACAAAACGCAUCAUCCCGGGAGACCACUUGCAGGACUGCAUAUACUGGAUGUCGGCUGCGGGGGCGGCCUGCUCACUGAGCCCCUGGGUCGCCUGGGAGCCACUAUGUUGGGUAUAGACCCCGUGGAAGACAGCAUCAGCACGGCACAGCUGCAUUCGUCGAAUGACCCCGAUCUUGGUGAGCGGGUCAGGUAUCGAGCAUGCACCCUGGAGGAGCUGUCGGCAGAUGUGGCUGGAGACGAGGAGGGAGGCCAAGCCGGUCUCUUCGAUGCCGUUGUAGCAUCCGAGGUGGUGGAACAUCUGGCCGACCUGGAAACGUUCCUCCUCUGCUGCCGUGACGUACUGAAGCCAGGCGGCUCGCUCUUCAUCACCACCAUUAAUAAAACCAACCUAUCCUACGCUUUGGCCAUCGUCGUAGCUGAGCAGCUGUUGCACAUCGUUCCCAGUGGGACACACGACUGGGACAAGUUUAUCAGCCCUGUGGAACUGGAGCGCCAUCUAGAGUCCAAUGGUUUCUCAGUGCAGUCAGUCCAAGGGAUGUUCUAUAAUCCAGCAUCAGGAGCCUGGAGCUGGGCUAACAGCACAGCUAUCAACUACGCCUUGCAUGCUAUCAAAGUGGCCGACGACCCUCAGUCCGACCCCCAACUGGACAACCAGGACCACUCUCAAGCCACACAGUAAACUCCAUACAUGGACAUUGGUCAAGAAAACAUAGAGCCCUCACGUACAAGUGUCUUAGGUCGUACUCACACUAGGCCGUUCAUACUCUGCUGGACCUUGAGCGUUUGUGCUGGUGGCCAUUUUUCUUUGUUUCAUAACAAUUUCCUUGACUUUGCUGCAGCUCAUGAAUUAGUUCCAUGAAGAUCAAUCACAUAGUCAAGACAGUCUAGUGGCAGGUGAGUGUCUUUUGGAUUAUUUCCAUUUUAUUAUAUCAUUCAUCCAUAAUAAUAAUAUAAUGAAUACUCAUUUAUUAAUUUUAUCAAUUAGUUUUGGUUAUUAUUAUGAAUGUGCAAGUACAGUUAUUCUGUGACUGGCUAAAGAAAGAAGAUGCGUAAUUUAUUAUGAUGUGCAUACAAGCGGUAAGUGGGUUUCCAUCUCUGCAUACUGCUGACCAUAUAGCUUGGGAAGCAAGAGAGGGGGGGCAGUCACAUCUUCAGGGAGUGGAAAGCAUUUCAUGUUUCACUGUUAUGUAAUAAGAAUAAAGGCAGUGGCAUGGAU